AUGUCUGAAAAGGUCCGUCUGCGGGUGGUCAUCGUUGGCGCAGGUCUCAGCGGUAUAGCGGCGGCAAUCUCAACUGCCCUCUCCGGCCACACCGUGCAAGUCAUCGAACAAGCUUCGGAGCUAGCAGAAGUGGGAGCUGGCCUGCAAAUCACACCCAAUGCCUCUCGUCUUCUCAAACAAUGGCAACUGCGCGACUCUUUGUGGGAGGCCGCCGCCGAGCCCGCAAAGUUGACGGUGCACCGAUAUUCCGGCGAGAUUCUGGCCCACGACGAUGCAUUCGACAAGGGCAUCCGAACCAAGUACAAUGCGCCUUUCAUUGACCUCCACCGAGUGGAUCUGCAGCAAGCACUAUUUGAGAGGGCUCAGGAGCUGGGAGUCACUUUUCACCUCGGCGAGAGAAUCGCUCGGGUUGAUUUCGAGACCACGACUGUUUGUUCGGAGAAAGGCCACCAAUUCACAGGCGACUUGAUUGUUGCCGCGGACGGCCUGUGGUCUCGGUGCCGAGAAGCUCUGGUUGGCCACAAGGAUGAGCCUCUUCCCACGGGGGAUUUGGCGUAUCGAAUUGUCCUCUCCGCGGAUCAGAUUCAAGAUCCGGAACUCAAGGCCCUCGUCGAGAACCCCGAGGUUCACUUCUGGAUUGGACCUGGAGCUCAUGCGGUAGGAUAUUCCGUGCGUGGCGGGAAGAUGUACAACAUCGUCUUGCUCGUUCCAGAUAAUCUGCCGCCAGGUGUUUCUCGACAGGCAGGCUCGGUUGAUGAGAUGAAAGAGCUUUUUGUAGGCUGGGAUCCAAUUCUCAACAGAUUCCUGGAUUGUGUGAAAAGUGGAAGAAUCGACAAGUGGAAACUCAUGCACCACGGCGAGAUGGAGAAUUGGGUUAAUGAUCGAUCAAAUCUGGUCUUCAUCGGCGACGCAUGCCAUCCGAUGCUUCCAUAUCUGGCUCAGGGGGCAAACUCCUCCUUGGAAGACGGUGCCGUGCUCGGUCUAUUGCUGGGGCGGAUGUCUAACAAAAGUCAGCUUCCGCGUAUUCUACGUCUGUAUGAAAGUCUUCGCAAGUCGAGAGGAGAGGCCAUUGUCCGAGAAACCUUCAAGCAGAGGCAUGACUUCCACAUGGUUGACGGAGAGGAGCAAGUACGACGCGAUCAAAUAUUCCGUUCGCAACUCGGACAAGAAAUAAAGGGCGCGUUCCCAAGUCGAUGGUGGGUCUUUUUCAAUCGUUUUCAAGUCCCCUGA